CCUCCACCUACAAGUGUCGCACAUCCAAACCAGGCAACUUCACCAUGGGCGCCCCUUUCGAUUAUGCGCCGGACAGGCCGGAGCACAUCGAGCAAAUCCUCAACGGACUCGACCGGUACAACCCGGAGACCACGGCUGUCUUCCAGGACUAUGUCAUGCAGCAGUGCGAGAACCAAACGUACGACUGCUACGCCAACCUCGCGCUGUUGAAGCUCUACCAGUUCAACCCGCACCUCGCCCGUGACGAGACCAUCACCAACAUCCUCGUCAAGGCCCUCACCGUCUUCCCGAACCCCGACUUCUCGCUCUGCCUCGCCCUCCUCCCCAGCCACACACUCGCACCUCUCUCGACAUCAUCACACACACCGGCCGCUGGUGAUGCACCGCUCUCCGAGGCCGUGCAGAAGCUGAACCACCUCAAGAACCUGCUUGAAGGUGCGAACUACGCCGAAUUCUGGUCAACGCUAGACUCGGAUGACCUGUACGCUGAUCUCGUGGCCGAUGUCUCUGGCUUCGAGGAGCUGAUGCGCGUGCGCAUUGCUGCGACAGUAAGCCAAUCAAUACGGGAAGUUGAGAAGAGUAUCUUGGAGGGCUGGCUGGACCUGUCCGGCAAGGAGUUUGACCACUUUGUCGGAACCGUGUGCGGAUGGAACGUCGACGGCGAGAGGAUUAAGGUGCCUAUCAACAAGGACAACGAGGCCAAGGGCACCGUUGUGAGGGAGAACGUCAAGUUCGAUCAGUUCUCAAGAGUUGUUAGGAGGGCAUUCGAGCAGCCUGCUUAAGUGAUACCAUGCGAAUGAGAUACGAGGGCGGCACGACCGGAAUAGGGCGGAAAUAAGGCGUUUGAGAGGACCAGGAACCUGCAUAAGAGGCAUGCUUGUAUUGACGUGCUAAAACUUCACGACUAGAUGACACGAAUCAUCAGAUUUUUCAAUGUUCACCAACGUUUCCUCCAUACGAGACCAGUGUUGUUGACAUGUGCGCAUUCCUAGACGAUGUCCGUAUGUCUUCCCAGAUUACUACUUUGACGAUAAAGCUUGCGGAACGAGGACUGCGCGUCAUAUCGGCUUCAGGACAGUGCUUAGCAGACCAUAAUCCAACGUGAAGUAUCUGCC